AUGGUAGCCCCUUCUUGCGCCUGGGUCCGCGUCGGACUGAGGCGCAUCCCUAAUGCCCCUUCUCGCAACACGACAAACACAUCCAACUUCGAACGCGCCCGUCUACGAAUUCACCUGUCCCAUACCUCUCGCCGCUACAACAGCACCGGCUCAGACGGAGCCCAGGGUGCUGCUGCGACCGCGCGAACCAUCCCCGGGCCCAGCUGGCUGUGGCUCGAUCCCAUCGUCGAACCCUUUCGGGCAUAUGGUCGCGUGCAACAACGGAGGCCAUACAUGACCCAAUUGGUGUCUUCACUCAUCAUCUAUUUCAUCGGCGACUGCGUGGCCCAGAGCAUCACCCAACCUGAGCCUUCCACCCAGCAGGAGCCGGUCGACGAGGCCGACGAGAAGGGCUGGGUGCAGCAAUGGAGCGACGACCGUGACUGGACCCGCACCAUGCGAGCCCUUUGCAUUGGAGGACUGAGCGCCAUCCCAUCAUACAGGUGGUUUCUGUGGUUGUCCAACAGCUUCAACUACCGGUCCAAGACGCUCUCUCUUACCAUCAAGGUCUUCAUCAACCAAGCCUUCUUCACCCCACUAUUCAACUCGUACUUCUUCGGCAUGCAAACCCUCCUCUCCGGCGGCACCUUUCCCGAAAUCAUCGAGCGCAUCCGCAACACAGUGCCCACUAGCUGGUGGAACAGCUGCAAAAUCUGGCCCGCAGUCACGGCCUUUAGCUUCACCUACGUGCCCAUUCAAUACCGCAGCAUCUUCGGCGGUGUCGUGGCAAUCGGCUGGCAGACGUAUCUCAACCUGCUCAACCAGCAGGCUGCUGCUGUAGAGGAAUUGGAGCGUGCGACCAGCAGCCACGUUGCACCACUCAGCGUCCGCUCGGUGCAUGCUCAUGCAGAACAUGGCCAAGUCAUGCAGAAAUGCGUUGCUUAG